ACGGCUGUAAUUUAAAAAUAUUAUCCAUCAGCGCCUCUCGCGGAAAGUCAGUUGUACGUCACUUUCACUGUUUUUGCAUCUCUUCGCUUUGUGUAAUCUUUCCUGCAGAAAAUCGAGUGGAAAUUAAUGUUGUAGUGCAAUUAAAGAUGUGGAUUCGGCCGAAGGAAUCCCUCCUGCCGCUGGCUCUCUGGGUCAAUGAGCCGACACAGCUCGCAUCCAAGUAUUUUGUGAUGCAGCGGAGGCGCGGUCAUGGGCAAUCGCGGGGUCUGUCGUCGCUGCUGGUGGGAACGCUGGACAGUGUGUUCGACACCAGACCAGCUCCCUUCCGGAUUCUGCACCAGACGCCGUCCUCAGAGGUGUACUAUGAGAUUGCCAGCGCUCUGACUGAGGAUGACAUCAAGCGGGACUGGGAAUGGUUGUCCAACAACAUGUUUCGGGUGCUCAAUGAGAUGGAGACUGAGGAGGAGAUUACGAACUUCACGCUGUGCAAGAUUCAGUCUCUUGUGGCGCACAAUUCCACACCAGUGGACGAGGAAGUCAGCGAUCCGAACAGUUUCCAGGUCGUGGCGUCGAAGUUCAGGGAGAGAUUCAACAUGCCAGAGGAGGAGCGACUCGUGAACUACUAUUCUUGCAACUACACGAAGAAUCGCCUUCCUCGACAAGGUCACAUUUAUCUGUCGCUGAAUCAUCUGUGCUUCUACUCGUACAUCUUCGGCAAAGAGACUAAGCUGGUGUUGACCUACACAGAGAUCACUGACAUUACGCGAGCCACAAAUUCAAUCAACAUUCGCACGCAGGACAACAAAGAGUACACAUUCGGGCUGCUCUUCUCGCCCAGUGAGACGUACAAUCUCGUGGAGCAACUCAGCAAAAUGGCCAUGCAGAAGAUGAUUCAGGACCCAGAGAGUCCCAUCUUCGAUCACGAUCCCGUGCUGUCGCGGAAGCUGAGCAAGAAUGUGUCGAAGAAGUCCUUUCUGCUGCGCGAUCUCACGACCAGGCAGCACAGCGAUGAGUAUCGCAUGUUCUUCCGCCUGCCGCUCACUGAAGUCCUCGACGGGACAAUCAAGGCCAAUCUGUGGACGCCGUACAACAAGAAGUACGCGUCUGGCAAUAUCUACUUGUCGCAGAACUUCCUCUGCUUCAGGAGUGACGUCAAGAGGCUCGUCAGCGUCGUGAUUUGCCUGAGAAAUAUUCGGAGCGUUGAGAAGAAGGAUGAUUCUCUGUCGCGCUUUGACAACCAGAUUGUCAUUGCCACAACAGACGCUUCAGCACUCCAGUUCUCGCAGAUCAUCGAUCGAGGCUUCUUGCUGGAUAAGAUCUCAGAGCUUCUCGCCAAGACGAAAAUUCCAAUCCACGUGGAUCGUCCAAAUUACGAUAAAGGAUGGACAAAAGUUCAGGCCUUGAUCAAUCAGCGUCGCGAGGAGGACGAAGGUAUGCUGGGAAAGCAACGGCGCAAGCUGAACGACUGGGAGGUGCACUUCCGCGAGUACGGACGCGGUGUGUCGAUGUUCAGGACGUGGGAUGUGGCCAAUCUGGUGCUCAAGGGCAUCCCGGAUCGCCUGCGUGAGGAGGUGUGGAUGACGUUCUCGGGCGCCAUUCACGAUCGCGACAUGAAUCCGGGGCUGUAUGAGGAUCUCGUGGAGAAGUCCAUGCUGAAGUACACGCCGGCGCAUGAUGAGAUCGAGCGCGAUCUGCACAGAUCACUGCCGGAGCAUCCGGCCUUUCACACGGACGAGGGAAUCGACGCCUUGCGCCGCGUGUUGCAGGCCUAUGCAUACCGAAAUCCCCAGAUUGGCUACUGUCAGGCCAUGAAUAUUGUGUCAUCUGUGUUUCUCGUGUUUUGCGACGAGGAGAACGCCUUCUGGCUGCUGGCGAGACUCUGUGAGACUCUCUUGCCGGAUUACUACAACGACAAGGUGGUGGGCGCCCAGAUUGACCAGGGUGUGCUCAAUGAGCUGAUCUCGGAGUUCCUGCCCAAUCUGUUUGAGCGCCUGGAUCAGCUGGGGAUGAUCAAGAUGAUCUCUCUCUCCUGGUUCCUCACCAUUUUCCUGUCUGUGAUGCCGUACGAGAGUGCUCUUCACGUGAUUGACUGCUUCUUCUACGAUGGUGCUCGUGUUAUCUUUAUGAUUGCCCUGAAAGUAUUGGAGUGGAAUGAGGAGGGAAUGCUGUCCUGCCAGGAUGAUGGUGAAGCUAUGCAGAUUCUCUCGACAUAUCUCGGUGGGAUAUUCAAUCCAGAAUAUCCCACUUAUACGAAGAAUCUUGCAAAGCACAGGACAGAGAGAAUUGAGAUUCUCAUCGAGAAUGCAUAUCAAACGUAUGAAGAGAGCAUCACAGCGCAGAAAAUUGAGGAGCUGAGGAAUAAGCAUCGUCGGAAGAUUGUGCAUCAAUUCGAGGUGGAUACGGAGAAUAGCAUUAUUCGUCAGCUGAGGGGGAAAAGCUACUUCACGCCGGACGAAUUGAGGCUUCUGUUGUCGCUGAUUCGCGAGGAGAAGCUGAGGAGCAGCCGGAAGAGUGCCAUGAAGGCGCCAGCAUUCCAGGGCGAGCCUGUGACGCCGGUUGAGACGCUCUUCGACGAGGAGGCGCUGAAGGAUCCGUUCGCGCGCAAGGGCAUGGACGUGCGGGAGCCCCGAUUGGAGAUGUACAACGUGGACUUUGAGAUCUUCAAGACGCUCUUCGCGGAGUUGACACUGUGGAAGCGCUGUCAGGCCGUGGACUUGGCGGAGAAGCUCUUCCAGUUGCUGGACAAGAAGUCUCUGGGCUAUCUGGACUUUGAGCAGGUGAUCCUGGGCCUGGGCGUGGUGUGCUGCGGCCAGACGAAGGACAAGCUGAGACUGUUGUACAUUCUGCACCUGCCGCCGCUGCUGCCCAAGGCGGAGAUUGAGAUGGGGCGCCAGACGAUCUUCAGUGGACGGACAAAGGAUGACAUGGCCGAGGUGGCGGCCGAGGCGGAGUAUUUCUUCAGCGAGACGGCGACAGAGGACACAUUCCCCACGCUCACAGACACAGCGUUCGACAUUCACACCCCGCCGAUGGAUUUGCUGGUGUUGCCGGACAAGUCGGGCAGCGCCACGCCAAAUCUCAGCGUGAAUUCAGGGAGCGGAGGAGCUCGCACGUCUGUGUUCUAUGUGGACUUGCCCACGGGCGGCUGCAAGUCCAUUGACACGGUGUCGGACAUCAGCGAUCUGGGCUUGCGGGACAGAGAGAGCAACUGCGACGACUUCUCCCACCUGUCGCAGGAGGGCGGAGCCGCCAGGAUCUCGAUGCCCUCGUCGUUUGGUGAGACGCGGAGCCUCAGUAGCUUGCGCCACUUCGUGGACCAGUCGUGGGAUGUGUCGCUGGAGGGGAGAAUUGUGCCAAACAUGCUGCAGGCGAACUUCAUGAUACUCUGGACGUCCCUGCUGGAGAUCCUGGGCCACACCAAUGACUACCUCAGGCACUCGUACGAGCAGCUGAUCUGUCUGGGGCACCAGCAGCGCGCCAGCCAGUCCGCCAAGACGUCCGGCACGAGCAUCAAUAGUCUCACGCAAGUGACGAUGCCGGAAGUGCUGGAAGAGGACCCGAAUGGCAAUCCCUCGUCACCCGAGCAGUCGUCGUCCCAGGGCGUCGUGGCGCGCUGGAAUAUCGCCUUCACGCAGUUCAGCGACGCCGUGACCAGACACGUGGACGCCGAGAUGAGCAAGAGAGUGUCCGUGCGCGAGGAGAUUGAACGGCUGCAGAAGAACAGGAGGAAAUGCAAGGCCUAAAGCCGAGAUUCGUGAAGCUUCUCGAGUGUGAGCGUCGCAAAAAGGUAAUUUGUAGAUGAUUUUGUGUCUCUUUUUGUCUAAUAAAAAUUGUUCUACUGAUUUGUGAGUGAGUUUUGUGAGAAGAUUCCGAAGAUUCCCAGUGGCGAUGACCUGGACAACCUUGAAUUUCGCGGAGGUGAAAGACUUCAGCGCGUUUCUCUCAACCUUUGGGCUUGUAAAGGGUGCGUC